AUGGCUAAAAAGUAUGAAGGACGUGCUGUGGGAAUAGACCUUGGAACAACCUAUUCUUGUAUUGCUGUGUGGCUUGAUCAGCAAAAUAGAGCAGAGAUAAUUCACAAUGAACAAGGAAACAGAACCACACCUUCUUUUGUUGCUUUCACUAAUGAUCAAAGAUUGAUUGGCGAUGCCGCUAAAAACCAGGCUGCAACCAACCCGGAAAACACUGUCUUUGAUGCUAAGAGGCUAAUCGGUAGGAAAUUUAGUGAUUCUAAUGUUCAAAAUGAUAAGAUCUUGUGGCCAUUCAAAGUCAUUUCCGGUGUCAAUGACAAACCUAUGAUUUCUGUUAAGUACAAGGGUCAAGAGAAACUGCUAUGUGCUGAGGAAAUCUCUUCUAUGAUUCUAACCAAGAUGCGUGAGAUUGCGGAAGCGUUUUUGGAAUUUCCCGUCAAGAAUGCAGUUAUUACUGUGCCUGCUUAUUUCAAUGAUUCUCAACGGAAAGCCACCAUGGAUGCUGGUGCCAUUGCUGGACUUAAUGUUAUGAGGAUAAUCAAUGAGCCAACUGCUGCUGCUAUUGCUUAUGGACUCGACGAAAGAACUAAACGUGUUGGAGAACGGAAUGUUUUCAUCUUUGAUCUUGGUGGUGGGACUUUUGAUGUGUCUCUUCUUACUAUCAAUGAUAAGGUCUUCCAGGUUAAGGCUACGGGAGGAAACACUCAUCUUGGUGGGGAGGACUUUGAUCAUAGAAUGGUGAACUACUUUGCUCAAGUGUUUAAGAAGAAGAACAAAGUGGACAUCACUGGAAACUCGAGAGCCUUAAGGAGGUUGAGAACUGCGUGCGAGAGAGCAAAAAGGACACUGUCUUUUGCUGUUGUGACAACCAUUGAGGUGGAUUCUUUAUAUGAAGGCAUUGAUCUCUUUUCUUCAAUCACUCGUGCAAAGUUUGAGGAAAUUAAUAUGGAUCUUUUCAAUCAGUGUUUGAAAACGGUUGAAAGUUGUCUUAUUGAUGCUAAGAUGGACAAGAGGUAUAUACACGAUGUUGUGCUUGUUGGUGGAUCGUCUAGAAUUCCAAAAGUGCAACAACUAUUGCAGGAUUUUUUUGCUGGUAAGGAUUUAUGCAAGGUCAUUAACCCUGAUGAGGCUGUUGCUUAUGGUGCUGCUGUGCAGGCUGCUUUGUUGAGUGAAGGCUUUAAAAAUGUUCCGAACUUGGUGCUGCAAGAUGUUGUGCCUUUGUCUCUUGGUAUCGAAAAUGAAGGUGAUAUCAUGGAUGUUGUAAUUAGUAGGAACACUAACAUUCCUGUGAAGAAAACAAAAGUUUAUUCUACCGUUUUCGAUAACCAACUUUCUGCCUCAAUUGUUGUUUAUGAGGGUGAGAGAGCAAGAGCUAGUGACAACAAUCUGCUUGGUUCUUUUAAUCUUUCUGGUCUCCCUUGUGCUCCACGUGGUCACCCGCUCGAGGUGUGUUUUGCUAUCGACGAAAAUGGUAUCUUGAUUGUUUCUGCUUAUGAAAAAUCCACCGGUAGUAAAAACCAGAUAACAAAAACUAAUGAAAAAGGAAGAUUGCCAUCCAAUGAAAUUAAAGUAAUGAUCAGUGAAGCUGAAAACUACCGGACUGCAGAUGAAAAUUUUCUAAAAAAGGCCAAUGCAAUGAAUGCAUUAGAUUACUGUGUUUACAAGAUGAAGAAGGCCUUAGAGAAGAAUGAUAUGAAACUAAAGUUAUCUUCACAAGAAAAUGAGAAGAUCAAUUCUGCAAUGACUAAGGCCACAUAUUUGCUUGAUAAUGACAAACAGAGUGAAAUAGGUGUUCUUGAAAAUCAUCUGAAUGAGCUUGAGAGUCUGUUGCAGUUGGUUAUAGGCAAAUCCGUCUAG